AUGCCUUUUCGUGAACACGGGCCGUCGCGGGAUGUGGCGUUUUGUGGACAUGCCAACAGUAGGGAGUUUGAAUUCCGGUUCGGAAAUUUUAUUACGGAACUCGAGUCAAAAAUCGGGUAUGCUUUCAUCGACAGGACGCUCGCGGCAGAGUCCCUCAAUCAUGGUGGCCGUCACGAAUCCUGGUAUCUCCUCGACGGCCAGCGCAAGUCGAUUCCAAGAAACGAUCGACUUUCUCUAUAUGGCAAUGCAGCCUUAUACUACCUGCUCGCUCAAGACUGGUACACGGGCGACUGGGAUAAAGCUACGUGGACCCUGAUUCGCAAAAGGGUCCUCAGCCAUGACUCCCUCGCCGAGACGGGCCUCUCAUUCGGCCUUCAUCUCUGCCUAAAGAUGACGGCGGGAACUCCUUCCGUUUCGAAGAAGAUGAUGGUGACGGCCGAUGAGGCUAUCCUUGGAGCGGUGCGUCUGGACGGCGGCGAGGACGCGCUCCGCCGUGUGUUGAAAAGUCUUUACAUAGUCAGGACAUACGAGCGUUCUACUGCAAAGGCUGCAUUACUCAACCCGGGAGCGAAUUUGUCACAAAUUGCUAUUGGGAGACUUUUAUACAUUGAGAAAAGCAACGUAACCCCUAGAUUAACCAAGACGAACCACUUGCUGCAUUCAUCAAAAAGGUAA